AUGAGCGCGAACUACCCCUGGAUGCGCCCACGGCGCCGUGGCCUGUCCUUCUUCUGCGUCAUUGGCAGCUUCUCGUGCCUCGCCAUUCUCGCUAUCUGGUAUGGCAUGAACUCUGACCGCGAUUACAUCCACCCAAUCCUCACUCAACUCCUCCCCGCUGGCCAUUGCGCCUGUCAAACCUCCACCACCUUUCAAUGCUCUACUUGUGUCUCCUGCUCCGAGUCCUCAACUCUCCAGCUGUCUGCCUCCCCCAGCUGGAAAUUCCAAUACCCUCGCGAUGCCCGUAACGAGGCUCUCGACCAAACGCAAUGCCAGGCCGCUUUCCAGGGCCUAUUCGAAGACAUUGCGCGUGGUGAGCGCUACUGGCGCGCUCACGAUGGUGGCCUCGUAACUGAUGACCUUGACGAUAUCACCAUCCAGCCGGGCAUGGUGCGCGCAUUCAUCUCUCAGGGCCACCUGCAUGUGGUCACUGCGCGCGCCAAAGGAGAGGACCACCGUCGCAAAAUUCUAGGUGUCUUGAGUUCAAUCCACCGUGCGCUGGCCGCAGACCGAGAUCGGGCGUCGAGACGCGAUAUUGAAUUUGUAUUUUCCGUGGAAGACAAGGUUGAAGACGUUACAAAUGCUCAUCACCCGGCCUGGGUAUUUGCGCGUACCCCGACGGAAGAAGGAGUCUGGCUCAUGCCGGAUUUCAGCUUUUGGGCCUGGGAUAAUCCUCAGAACUAUAUUGGUCCAUUUGACCAGGUGGUGGAUCGUAUCAAGCGUGUGGAUUUACCCUGGGAUGAGAAGACACCGCAACUUGUCUGGCGCGGCAAGCCGAGUUUCGCUCCGAAGCUGCGCCGCGCAUUGAUUGAAGCGGCCCGCGAUAAACCUUGGGGUGAUGUUAAGCAGAUUGAUUGGGAUACUGGGUCUAACGUGCUUCGCAUGGAAGAUCACUGCCGGUAUAUGUUUAUUGCCCAUGUUGAAGGCCGGUCCUACUCCGCAUCCCUUAAAUACCGCCAGGCCUGCAAAUCCGUUAUCGUCGCCCAUAAACUCCAAUACAUCCAACACCACCAUUACCUCCUCGUGGCCAGUGGACCGAAUCAGAACUACGUCGAAGUCGAACGCGACUUUAGCAAUCUCGCCGAGAAAAUUGAGCCGCUAGUCGCAGAUACCGAUCUUGCGCACCGCAUCGCCACGAAUAGCGUCAAGACCUUCCGUGAGCGGUACCUGACUGCAGCUGCAGAGGCAUGCUAUUGGCGCGCCCUGUUCGACGGCUACGGCAGUGUCUGGAAUAGCAGCGUGAACCCCUGGUCUGAUCGUACAGGUAAGGAGCGCGGUCUACGCUAUGAGUCGUUCAUCUUGCUAGAAAGCCCGAAGAUGUUCGAGUUCACUGCGGACACGGCCAUGUCCGGAUAUGCCUGA